AUGCCCAAGAAUGCGCAGGUCAUCCUGCGCUAUGGGCCCUACAGCGCAGUCGGCCUGUCCGUGGAGCACCGCACCUUCCGGCUGGAGGGCCUGCAAGUUGUGUUGGCCAAAGAUGGACACCACGUCAUCCUGGAGAAGAUAGAAGAGCGGAACUUGGUGGAACUCGUGGUGAAUGAGGAAGUUGUAUUCCACUGCAACAUCAAUGACUUGGAGUUCGGAGGUGAUGGUGACCUAGACCCCCUGUGCGCAGCGGCCAGGAUAGCCGUGCUAAAUGCCUACUGAUGUCCUCACGGAACAGGCGUGUGAAGCCAACAGAACAGUAGCUGCCUCCGGCUGUUCUGUGAUACAAACAAAAGUGGCCAUUCUGGGCCGUCGACGCUGGACUCUGCCGCUCCAAACGAGGCAACACCAGCCUGUCCUUCAGCCUGCACGGCAUAGGACUUCUCACCUGGCUGCAAGGACACGGGGCCCAGAAAAAUCAUGAAACCAUAUCAUUUGCAGCAUCUCUCAGUCUCUACCCAUAGGGAGAGCCCUCCAAUAUCAGGUACACGUUGAGCUGAAGGA